AUGUUUUCUUCUGUGCGACGCAUCUUUCGUUCCAAAUCUCAACCAGAUAAGACUUACAAUGCUAAGGAGAAACCAACUCCUGAGCCUUCACCGAAGCCCGUAACUCAGACCCGGACAACAUUCUUCUAUUCUGGAAUACAGACGUUUCAUAGUACCGAAGGUGAUAAUAUCGACAUCGUCUUCAUCCAUGGACUGAAAGGAGACUGUCAGAAAACAUGGACAGAUAAGACUUCGGGGAGUCCUUGGCCGAAGACACUUCUUCCUUUAGAGAUUGAGACUGCACGUGUUCUCACUUACUCUUAUGAUUCAACUGUCACCGGCAAGGACGAUGUUCCUUCGCAGAAUCGAAUAUCUAAUCAUGCAUAUAAUCUCGUGACUGCUCUCGCAUCACUUCGACAGAGUGAUAACACAAAUGAGCGGCCUAUCAUAUUCAUCUGCCACAGUCUGGGAGGACUUGUUUGUCAGGAUGCACUUGUCACAGCGAGACAACGGUCUGAACAGCACCUCCAAGACAUAGUCAACUUCACUCGUGGCGUCAUCUUUCUCGGCACACCACACCAUGGAUCAAGCCUCGCCAAGAUCGGAGAAUUGGUCUCGCGCUCCGUUGGAUUGAUCAAAGAAACCAACAGCGAUAUUGUGCAAGUCCUCACAAGAGACUCGGAAGUCCUAGCCCGAAUUCAGGAUAGCUUUCAGGCUCUUCUCAUGGCACGAAGCAAAGAUGAGGCCACCAUGAUAGAUAUUACAUGUUUCUAUGAAGAGCUUCCGACCAAGAAGUUCGGAGUGAUCGUACCCAAACAUUCAGCCAUCCUGCCUGGACACAUUUCGAUCGGAAUACACAAGAACCAUGCAGAGAUGACAAAAUUCUCCAAUUUGAAGGAACCUGGAUUUGUGGCCAUCUGUGGAGAGCUAAAGCGCUGGAUGAAGAGGAUUCAGCAAACACAGUCCACGCCAAAGAAGCACGCUCCUGCCACAUACUGCCUCGUUCCAUACACUUUCAACCCAGGUUUUGUCGGAAGAUCUGAGAUACUUGACCUGUUGAAAACUCAACUGGGAGAUCUAGAACCCCAGUCACAUGCCAGGGGCCAUCGAAGGGCUGCACUCUAUGGUCUUGGCGGAGUCGGAAAGACACAAAUCGCCUUAUCAUAUGCAUACUGGACUCAGGAAGUUUCUCAGGAUACUUCGGUAUUUUGGGUCCAUGCUAGUAGCGUUGAAAAAUUCUCUGAAGGCUAUGCCAGCAUUGCCAACGAGUGCAGACUCUUGGGGCACGAAGACGCAACAUUCAAUGCUUUGUCCACAGUUAGAGACUGGCUGGAAAGCAAGGAAAGUGGAAAGUGGCUGUUGGUCAUUGACAACGCUGAUGAUAUGCAACUUUUCUUUCCUCACAACGAACCAUCCAAGUUGAAGGCCAAUGCUGAGAGUGGCAUGGGCCAGUUCAUACCACAAUGUCCUCACGGCAAUGUCCUUAUCACAACAAGGAACAUGCAGGUGGGCUCACGACUCACAAAGGGCAAAUUUCCCAUAGAAGUUGGCAAAAUGGAUGAAAAUGAGGCGACUCAGCUUCUCCGCCAAGGUUUGCAGGAAGGCGAUGAAUCUGAAAAGACCCUGGUCGAACUCUCAUCCCGCCUAGAGUUUCUGCCUCUUGCAUUGGUGCAAGCAGCUGCCUUUAUCCAGGAGAACUCCAUUACAGUCGGUGAAUAUCUCGAGCUUUUAGACGGAAGCCAAAACGAUCUUGUUGAACUUCUGAACGAAGAGUUCGAGACCGUCGGAAGAGACUCUGAUACCCCUCGCGCAGUCGCCCAGACGUGGAUGUUGUCCUUCCAACAGAUAGAGAGACAGUAUCGCUUCUCCAGUGAGCUGUUAUCACUGAUGUGUUUCUUCGAUCGGCAAAAAAUACCACUCGAUUUCGUUGACUUUUACGCCAGAGAAACUCUACCCACAGAGUCAAACACCAAAUUGCAACUUGUCAAGGCACUUGGGGUUCUAAAGGCAUUCUGCUUCAUUCGGGCAGAGAAGGGUGGCGAUCAUACUAUGCAUCGUCUGGUCCAAUUAGUUACGCGAACUUGGUUGGCCCGAAAAGGAAGAAUGGCUGAGUUUACAAGACACGCUUUCUCGGCAGUAUCAGACUUUUACCCCUAUGCAGAAUUCGACGAUGCCGAAUGGUGGAAGGAAGAUAUGGCAACUUGCACAGCGUAUCUUUCCCACGCAAGGUCUGUCCUUGAGGCUCAGAUAAUCGAAACAGAGGAAGACAAGCUUAUCAGGGCUUCUGUGCUUCACAGGGUUGGAUCCUUCUUCCGCUUUCAAGGCCGAUACCGCGAAUCAGAAAGCCUGCAACGCGAAGGUCUCAGCAUUCGAAGAGAACUACUCGGCGAAGAGCAUUUACAAACACAGGUCACAACCUCCGACCUUGCAGGUUCCCUAGCCGAUUUAGGCCGAUUCGAGGAAUCUGACAAAUUACUGAAGAGCCUUAUCGAGACCUUGAGACGUCUUUAUGGUGAUGACCAUGAGGAAACACUCAAUGCCAUGGGUAAUUUGGCCGUGCACUUGGCUCAUCAGGGUAAAGAAGAAGAAUCACAUGCCCUGCUGAUCCAGGUUGUUGAGUCAAAGAAGCGAAUACUUGGAGAAGAACAUAUCAGUACGAUUGAAGCGAUGGACAAUUUGGCAGUCGGUCUUGAAGAGGAGGAGGGAGCAGAAAUGCAAAGACGAGUCAUAGAAGUAAAGAUUAAAGUCUAUGGUGAAGAGAACCCCUCGACCCUCCACAGCAAGGCGAACCUGGCUACGAUACUCUUCCACAUGGGUGGUACUAAUCUCUCAGAGGCAGAAGACUUGCAGCUGGAAGUCUACGAGACCAGAAAAAGGGUACUUGGCAAGGAGAAUCCGGAUACUCUUAGGAUUAUGAACGAUCUUGGACGCUCUUGGGUAUUGAUCGGCCAAAGCACCAUGUAUACCAGACACUUGUAUCCUGAUGUGGACAUACUCGGCGACGCGAAGAGCUUACUCGAGGAAUGUGUUGGACAUCGAGAAAAGUUGUUUGGAGCAGAUCAUGCUGAUACAGUUGAGACCCGCCAGGUGUUGGAUGAGUGUCUAGAAGCGAUCGAGGCCGCGGAAGCAUUUGAAGCGGAAGAAAAGGCAAAGGCAGAGGCAGAGGGGCGAAACUGA